GCUCAUUUUCUCUCUAUUCCUUCUCUCUCAGCUCUCUGAAGGCCCGUGAAAUUUCUUUUACCUCUGCAUCAAAAUGUAUAUAAAUCUCUUCUCACAACGGUGAUUUUGUAGGGUUGGCAUUCCUUGAAUUUCAGCCAUGGGGAUUGGGAUCAAACCUGGCGUGAGGGACCUGGAGAAAAGGCUGCGGCUAUCGGUCAGCACUAGCAAUCUGUAUGAGCUGCAGCCUCCACCUACUCCGACCACACCUACUUUGGUGCUGUCCAACUCGAGCAAGACCUUGCUCGUAUCAAAUUCCAGCAAGUCUCUGGUUUUAUCAAAUUCUGGCAAGAGGUUGGAUAAGAAGAAGUAUGUAAAGCAGGUGACAGGCAGACACAAUGAUACUGAGCUGCACUUGGCUGCACAGAGGGGUGAUUUGACUGCUGUGAGACAGAUUUUGGGUGAAAUCGAUGCUCAGAUGGUUGGAACUUUGAGUGGAGCAGAUUUUGAUGCAGAGGUUGCAGAGAUAAGGUCUGCUAUUGUGAAUGAGGUGAAUGAGUUGGGAGAGACGGCAUUGUUUACAGCAGCAGAGAAGGGGCAUUUGGAUAUUGUGAAGGAGCUGUUACAGUAUUCCACUAAGGAGGGUAUGACUAUGAAGAAUAGGUCUGGUUUUGAUCCUUUCCAUAUUGCUGCAAGUCAGGGUCACGAAGCCAUCGUCCAGGUAUUGUUAGAGCACGAUCCGGGACUGAGUAAAACAGUUGGCCAAUCAAAUGCAACUCCUAUUAUUUCCGCUGCUACAAGAGGCCAUAUUGGAGUAGUCAAUGUGUUGCUUUCAACAGAUUCUAGCUCGCUAGAGAUAUCCAGGUCCAACGGGAAGAAUGCAUUACAUUUAGCAGCUCGACAAGGGCAUGUUGAAAUUGUGAGAGCUUUGCUUCACAAGGAUCCACAACUAGCACGGAGGAAUGAUAAGAAAGGGCAGACGGCAUUGCAUAUGGCUGUAAAAGGAACCAGCUGUGAAGUGGUGAAGCUGCUUCUUAGUGCAGAUCCAGCUCUUGUCAUGCUUCCUGACAGGUUCGGCAAUACUGCAUUACAUGUUGCAACCAGGAAAAGAAGGGCAGAGAUUGUCAAUGAGUUAGUACGGGUUCGGGAUACAAAUGUGAAUGCAUUGACUAGAGACCUUAAAACGCCCCUCGACAUUGCCGAAGCACUUCCGCUGUCUGAAGAGACCUCGGAGAUUAAAGAUUGCUUGGCACGUUGUGGGGCAGUAAGUGCAAAUGAUCUCAACCAACGUCGAGAUGAGCUAAGACAAACAGUGACAGAGAUAAAAAAGGAUGUCCAUAUUCAGCUCGAACAAGCUCGCAAGACGAACAGGAACAUGACUGGGAUUGCUAAGGAACUUCGGAAGCUUCAUAGAGCUGGAAUCAACAAUGCAACCAACUCGAUUACAGUGGUUGCUGUGCUCUUUGCAACAGUUGCAUUCGCAGCAAUCUUCACAGUUCCGGGCGGUGACGACCGUAAUGGUAUGGCUGUGAUGGUAGGCAGCCCAGCAUUCCAAGUGUUCUUCAUUUUCAAUGCCAUCGCCCUGUUCACAUCCUUGGCAGUUGUUGUGGUACAAAUAACAAUUGUGAGAGGAGAGACUAAAUCAGAGAGACGAGUUGUGGAAGUGAUCAAUAAGUUGAUGUGGUUGGCAUCCGUCUGCACUACAAUAGCAUUUGUUUCUUCAUCUUACAUAGUCGUUGGACGGCGUAACCGAUGGGCAGCAGUUCUCAUUUCCAUCAUCGGUGGCGUGACGAUGGCGGGAAUUCUCGGUGCAAUGACAUACUAUGUGAUCAAGUCCAAACGAAUCCGAAGAGUAAGGAAAAAGAUGAAGCUUAUGAGGGAUGGUAACCAUUCGUGGCAUCAUUCCGAGUCCGAUUCGGAAGUAAAUCCUAUCUAUGCCAUUUGAUAUGAUCCUACACACAUUUCAAACAUGGUUAUGUUGCAAAAUCACCCGCCCCAUUGCAGUUCUCAGCGGCUAAGGAACUUGCGCUGUGCCAAAGGAUGUAUUGCUAUCACUCCUGGUUCCCAUUUUCAGACCAUCAUUCCUCCACUGAUGCAGUCUCUUUUCUUGAACAGAUAAUGAAGCAUAUCUGAUCCCAAAGCCCAUUGGGUUAAGACUUCUGGGAUGUCUUAGGCCGAUCUUGGAGGCUUAGCUGAUUUGAAUCGUCCAAGGCAGCUUCAAAUAUCAUCCAUUAACGGGUAAUUCAUAACUCUAUGCUCUAAUUGUAAUUAAUACAUAGAGAAUCUGUUAUUUAUGACUAAAAGAAAACUAACAAAGGAAAAGAAGAUAGUGAAGAGAAUUGAUUGGUUGUAAAGUGAAAUUUUGUACCUUUUGUUUUGCUCUUACUUUUCAUGAAGGAAGCCAUUGUUAGUGAAGACUAAGGAUUCAAUUUUGAUCAUAUUAACUUCAUUUUAAA